AUGCAGUUCUGUACGCUUGCCCUCGUCGCCUUCGCCAGCGGCCUAGCCUCCGCCGCUGAUGUGGGCGCGUCCGGCGUCAUCGACACAAAGGACGGCGGCCUCGGCGGCACCAUCACCGUCACCAACGACACGACCCUGACCAUCAGCCAGUACACGCUCAAGUCCGCCUCGGCGCCCGCCCUUUACUGGUGGGGCUCCAAGACGAGCGACCUGCCCAAGGGCUUCCGCAUCAACAACGAGCGCGUCAGCGCCGCCGCCACGACCGACUCCAUCACCAUCCCGCUCGACGCCGGCUACAUGGCCGGCGACUUUGCCUACGUUGGGCUCUGGUGCGAGAAGCUGAAUGCCAAUUUUGGUCAGGCGCAGCUCGUCGCCAAGGAUGGCAGCAGCAGCAGCGGUACUCCCACCAGCAGCGGCGCCGCCGCGAGCAGCAGCAGCAAGACCGGCGCUGCCCCUGCCAUGGGCGCUGGCAAAGUUGCCGCGGUUGCUGCCGCGAACGUCCUCGGCAUCGCUGCUUUCCUGGUCUAA